AUGGUUAAGGCUAUUAUUGCACCUUCUUUGCUCGCUGGUGAUUUCGCCAAGAUCGGCUGCGACUGUCAGCGCAUGUUUGACUGCGGUUCCGACUGGGUCCACAUAGACGUCAUGGACGGUCACUUCGUCCCGAACAUCACCUUGGGUCCACCAAUUAUCUCGGCCUUGCGGGAGGCCGUUCCUCGUGGUGGUAAAGAUGGCAAGUCUGCCUCCUUCUUCGACUGCCACAUGAUGGUUUCCAACCCAGAGCAAUGGGUACCUGAGGUUGCCAGGGCUGGCGGUGACCAGUACACCUUCCACUUCGAGGCCACUGAAGACCCGCUCGCGCUUGUCAAGUUGAUCAAGGCAAACGGUAUGAGAGCCGCCUGUGCGAUCAAGCCAGGCACCUCUGUCGAUGUGUUGUUCCCAUUGGCCGAGUACCUUGACAUGGCCUUGGUGAUGACUGUCGAGCCAGGUUUCGGUGGCCAGAGCUUCAUGCCAGAGAUGAUGCCGAAGGUUAAAACCUUGAGAGAAAAAUUCCCUCACAUGAGCAUCCAGGUGGAUGGUGGCUUAGGUAAGGAGACCAUUCCUCAGGCCGCUGAGGCCGGCGCCAACGUUAUCGUCGCCGGUACCGCUGUCUUCAAGGCCCAAGACCCAGCGCAGAUGAUUGCAUUCUUGAGAGACACCGUCACCACCAGCUUACAGGAGAAAGGCUUGCUCACUGAGUAGG